ACGAGCGCUCAAAAACGCAAGAAACCUCUACCGUUUCCUUGUCCUCCUCGUCGUCCGAGCUUCUGGUUCAGGCGGGCCUCUUCUUCUUCCAAUGACGACGACGACAGCGACAAAGUGGUUACUCGCAGCGCAAAGUCCUUUUCCAUGUGGAUGGAGAGCAGGGACCAAACCAGAUAAUCGAACUACGAUGAGAAUUCGGAUGGCGAGGGACAACACCAAGAGCAGAAUGCCUCUGCAGAGAGGGAGGAUCCUCAGCAUUGAAGCAAUCCAGGCAGUGCAGUCCCUGAAGCGAGCCAAGCCUCAAGAGAUAAACCAAGUCCUCAAUUUCAAGUUUCUCCGUCUUUUGAAGCGCGACAUGGUGGCUGUCCUCCGCGAGCUCCUCCGCCAGAACAAUUGCCCCUUGGCUCUCAUGGUUUUCGAAGAGAUUCGGAAGGAGCUGUGGUACAGGCCCCAGGUAUCACUGUAUGCUGAAAUGGUCACUGUAUUCGCCAAUAAUGGCUUCUUCGAAGAGGUUGAGCUUCUUUGCUCGUAUCUGAAUUCGGAGCGCGAUUUUCUGCCGGAACUGGAGGGCUUUAAUGCUCUAUUCAGAUCCUUGUUGAGAUUCAAGCUAGUUGGGCUCGUAAUGGAAUGCUAUAAGUUGAUGAGGUCCUUAGGAGGUGAGCCUGAUAGAUCCUUAUACAGGGUUCUAAUUAAUGGUUUAGAAUCGAUGGGGGAAAGAUGGCAAUGCUGUAUUGUGAGAUGGGAUGCUCAGAAGGACUUUGGUGAAUCUCUGGAGUUUCUGGAAGAGGAGGAGGAAGAAGAAGAGGUGACAUUGAGCCAUAGCUAGAACUUGAGUAGAAUCAGCACCCCCAUUUAGAUAGCCCUUUUCCCCACCUCUUGGGAAGCAUGUGCUAGUAUACACCUUAUACUUGGGGAUUCUCGUAGGGGUUAUGGUGAGAGCUUCUGGAGUUUGUAGAGGAAGAGGAAAAGAUGAAAUUGUGAGAUAAUGGAAUCAACAAAAAAGUUUCCACACUUGUGUAUGGAAUUCUUGUUUAGCAAUUCUGUGGAAGCGAGUGUAUGUACUGAGUUGUUUUGGCUGCUUGAUGUUAUAGAUUUUGGGUGCAUUUUAAUCGUUGUGACCCUCAUUUUCCUCUAUCUUGUACCAUUCUUCAU